GUGUUAACAGUUCAUUCACGCGGGUGUUCAGUAGCAGUAGUCUCCGGUGAAUCUCCGGUAAAGUUUACGGUUAGCUGUUAGCAGGAAUGUGCUAACUGUUAGCCAUACACAGUCAGUGCAGUUUACACUGUUAGCUAACGGGUAGCUAACGGUUAGCUAGGCCUGUCGCGGUUUGACGUUAGCCAGGGAGCUAACUUGACUUGUUGUUAGCUAACUUAACUUUAGCAUCAACGUCUGUUUACCCCAGUACAGGCUGAUCAGCUGACUCUCCGUGCCCACCACAGAAGAAGAAGAGGAAGAGGAUGGUGUCAGACAGAGGAGGGGGGAGGAAGAGAGGGGGGGCGGCUGAGCUGUCCCGGGACGACUGUCUCUGUCCCGUCUGUCUGGAGAUCUUCAUGGAGCCGGUUACUCUGCCCUGCACACACUCCUUCUGCAAGGUCUGUUUCCUGGAGUCCGUGGACAAGGCCACCCUGUGCUGUCCCCUGUGCAGGAAGAGGGUCUCUACGUGGGCUCGUCUCCACAGCCGGACCAACACGCUGGUGGACCAGAACCUCUGGACCAGGAUCCAGACCGCCUUCCCUCUGCAGUGUCAGCGGAGGCUCAACGGCCAGGACGCAGAGCCAGACGGACCUGGAGUAUCAGUGUGUUUCCCCAGAGUGAGUGAGCCUGGAGAGCUGAAGCAGGAAUACGAGGAACAGGUCACUAAACUGACGGAGGAGAAGAGAGCUCUAGACGAGGAGGAGGCCAGGGCCAGCCAGGAGUUGAUCCAGAAGCUUCUGGCUGAGGAGCAGAAGAUGGUCCAGGAGGAGAUGAAGAGGAGAGAGGAGGACGAGAGGCUGGCUCGCCUGCUCAGCUCUCAGCUGAACUCCGGUCCGGUCUCUCAGGAGAACUCUGGUCCUGUUAACGCCACUCCAGCCAAGAAGAGGAAGAAGGAGGUCAGCGGACAGAUGGACCGGUUCUUGUGUCCUCUUCCAUCUAACAGCAUGUUUACAGCCAACAAGGUGGAUCAGCCCCUCCCCAAACUGGAUUACUACGGCGCUGUGACAGAGCCCCCCUCUCACAGACCAGCCCCUCCUCCUCUCUCUGUGGAGGAGGACCUUCAGCUGCCUGCAGCAGGACGGCCGGGGUCCAAGAGGAAGAGCUCGGAGCUGGAGGCGGUCUGUCCCUCUUCCUCCUCCUCGGCCCUGCAGGAGGUGUCAGAGGGGGGGCUGUCAGACUGGGGGGUCAGACUGGGAGGUGCAGCUCCAGAGCAGACGGCUGCAGGAGGAGCAGGACCGGCAGCUGGCCCUGCAGCUCCAGAAACAGCUGGACCAGGAGGAGAAACGGAGGGCUACGAACCGAAGCAAAGGCUCCUCAGACCAGUACCUGCUCCGCCCAAACCUCUGCAGACAGACCUCCUCCAGUGCCUCAGCCACCACCCGUACAGCCUCCUCCACCCCUUCAUCUGCAAAGACUACAACCUCUGCAAAGACUACAACAUCUGCAAAGACUACAAACUCUGCAAAGACUACAACCUAUGUAAAGACUACAGCGUCCAGCAGCCCCAGCAGCAGCAGCAGAGGCAGUAAACAGACGACUCUGACGGAGAUGUUCUCCAGCAGCUGAACUCUGACAGACCUCGUUAAAGCUGCUUUCAUUUCCUUUUAGUUCCCCUGGAGACGCUACAUGGCCAGCUGAUGGAGCAGCCUGGUCCUGGUCCUGGUCCAGAGCCCCUCGGGGGUCAGACCGGCCCACAUGUCUGUGUGGACCAGGAUUCAGACAGUGCUCCUACUGAUCUUUGAGGACACGUUGGGUCUCACCAGGAAUCUGGUUUAGUUUCAGGGUCCCCCCGUCUGUAAACUUGUUUUAAAUAAAGUUUUGGGGCCGUCAGACUUUACGGAGAAUCUUAAUUUUCGGGACUUCUUCAGGGGACCCAAACUAAUCACUUUGUUAAUCAAAAGUAUUUCUGAAUUCAUUUUCAAAAUAUCUGAUUUUUUUUUAUGAAAAUAAACCCUUUUUUUCUAAAUA